AUGGCCACCUCGGCCAACGCGCAAUACGUCCUGCGUCUCGUUCUAGGCGCAGCUGCACGCCCCGCUUGGCCUCGACACUUUUCAGCCGCCGCCCUCGCUCAUGGCCAAGACGCAUCUAUGUCGGCCGCCGCCGCUGCGGCCACCUCUGCUACAACUACCAAGGAUACUGCAGUCCCCAUCUCCUUUCUCGAGCCCGAAAGCGACGACUACGACACUGCGCAGUCCUUGCUCCCUUCUCGUGAACAGCACGACGCUCCGCCGGUCCCAUGGCCAACAGUAUUUGACCACGGCGAGGCGCGGCCCAAGUCUCACCGCCGCCACCCCUGUGACCUUCUCGCCCGUCUUGUCGCCGAAAAGCGCUUCGACUCGGCGCGUAAAGUCUACGCGGAGCUCAAGGCGCUGCACACGCCCAUCAGCCAACGCCGAAUCUACCUUGACGCGGCCCUCGGAGCCCUCGAGCAGCCAACAAGCGAAGGUCGCCAGGAGUUCCUUCUGUGGCUGUCUCUGUACUCGAACCGUGGCGCGACUGCCCUGCAUGGCAAGUUCAAGGAGACGUGGCAGCCGAUUGUCAACCGCCUGUUAGCAACGCACUUGUUGGAGGACGAAGGCUUCUUUGGUGACUUUUUAGAACUGGCUGGGCAGAAGGGUCUGCUUCCCGCCGUCAUUCCACCGACGACCUUGGCGCUCGUGGCAUCGACAGCUCCAGCAAGGAGCCUGGACAUGUUUACCCGUGCCAUUGCAGCGUAUGUCGACUCAACAACAAGCAAGACAUCGACGUCGGAGCGUGCCAACACUCUCCGCGCGCUUGUCAUGUCGCAGGUUGAACAAUACUGGAACAUAUACCUCCGUGCUCUUGUCAUUGCUGGUUGGACCGACCAUGCCAAGGCCUUGUGCGCCGACCCUCCUCUUCUCGUGGGGAUGGAAGGCGAGGUCAAGGUCAAAUGGGAAGCCCUCACGCUGCGGUUCGUCUCGGGCGAGGCCGUCGAGCGCAAGGAACGCGCGCUUGCCGCUCGCAAACAGGCUGACGAGGAGCUGCGGCAGAACCCAAUGCUCCCCUUCAACUCCAAAAUGUCUCCAUCUCGCGGGCAGUCGAUGAACGAACGGUGCCGAGAGGCUCUCAAGUCCGCCAACCUGCCCUACGUCUCGGUGCUGGCAGCAAUCCAGCGCGACUUUCUCCUACAGGGCCAGCUCCAGCAGCUCCACACCUUUCGCAAAUCAUUCACUCGUGGACGCGGCGACCUUGGCACUUCCAUUCUCGAUACGUGGUGGUGGCACGCUGAAAUUUACCGUCUGGCCGAGGACGGUCUGCACCACGACGCCGUAGCCACAUUCCGCCGACACUUUUUAUGGAUGGGUCUCCCGCCCACCCAGAUCGGUAAUGAGGUCAAGGUGGAACCGCAUGUCACGCUCCGCGUUCCGACCAUUCAGGUCAUUACGACCGUUGCCAGGUCAAUCCUCGAGGUUCUGCCCAAAGAGGAACUGGGACAAUGGCAUAGGCGAUUCCUCAGCCAGACGGUCCACUCCCCCAUGCUCCAGCCGACACCCAUGACCCACGUCUCUUGUGUUCGCCCCAUCGCCCACCGCCUCGGUCCCACUGGCGCCUCCGAAGCACUCUACGACAUCCGAAUGACCGGGCAGAGACCACACAUUGCGUGCUGGAACGCAUACAUCCUCUCUCUCGUGGGUCGCGGCGAGAUUAUUCGCGCCAAGCAGCUCAUAAACGCCAUGGAGCACCGCGAGAUCUGGUACGGAUUCAAACUCCCUGCCCCCGUGAGCAUGACGUACACGGGUGUCGUCUGGGUCUUGCUCAAGAAUGGGCGACUUGACGAGGCAAUGGCCAUGUUCCGAAAGUACCAAAACUUCCUCACUGAAAACGGUAUGAAGCUGCCCGAAGACGUCAUGUCGGCAGUGACAACAGCGCUCGCCAACAGUGAAAACAAUUAG